GUCCCGUCCCCCGCAUAUGAACAGGGCGAAAUCGCCGAGAAGGGAGCGGGUGGGGGCGGCACGGGAAUACGGACCACCUUCCGCGUUUAGUAAAAAUAGCUCCACUUCCAGAAUUUGGGCGAAGGCCCUGCUGUUUCCUGACCCAAGUUUGGUGAAAAAGUUAAUCGGAAUACGAAAAGCAAAAAACAGGAAAACGUGGCGAUCGCUCAGGUUUGGCUCCAGAUGUGUAAAUAUGACAGAAGCGACGCUGAGUCGCCUGUGUGUUAAAUGUUCGGUUUCUCGGGACACCGAAGCAGAUUAAUGUGGGUUUUUCGGAGACCGAUGUCGCUUUGUUUGGAAUUGGUUGCUUUUUUCGUCAGGUCCCGCUGCUGCGUUAUAUAUUCGCCCUUUUGUGCACGGUGAAUAUUUCUUGCGGUGAAUGCCAGACACAGAAAAUGUCAGUGAUUAGUGAGAAGCCCUUCCCGGCGCAGAAAGCCGACAUACUGCCGGAUACGGGCUGCGGCGUCCAGCAGAAGCACGCCGCGGCGGACGGGGAUGUCGCCUUUACGGGCUCCAAGGCAGUGUGCCGAGUCUGUAAGCACUUCUAUCGCGACCCCAAAAUUUUGCCGUGUUUGCACACGUUUUGCGCCGAGUGCAUACGCCAGCUAGAGCCCUUCUCCGUACUCGGCAUUAACGGUAAAAGUAUUUUCCCCGAAGAGUCGUACCUCCGCGACCAGCACACCGUCACCGUGCUGUGCCCCGAGUGUGACUCCGAGGUGGACCUGCCACCCUCUGGGGUGGAUGCCCUACCCACCGAUCAUCUGGCCCUCGACGAGGUUUUUUUGGAGUCUCUGCUGAAGGAAGACUGCGAGCUAGUGUGUGACCUGUGCGGCGAGGGCGACGCCGAAAGCCGCUGCGAAUUGUGCUGCGCCAAUCUCUGUGAAUUCUGCUGCCAGGCGCACAGAAGGCAGAAGAAGACCUUAUCUCACUGGGUGGAGCGGCUUCAGGACCUGAAGGCCCGGGGCCACGUCCCACAGGUGGCGCUGUGCCGCCUGCACCCUGGCGAGCGGUUGCAGCUUUUCUGUGAGCAGUGUGACACCGUGGUUUGCCGGGAGUGUGCCUCAGCUAACCACUGGGGGCAUCAGUGCAGCCCCACCCAAGAGGCAGCCAGCCGCUCCGCAGAACACAUCCGGCAGCUGGCAGGAAGCAUGCAGCCGCACCUCGGCCGGCUAGAGGAGGCGCUGAAGUGGGUGGAUGACUCCCAGCAUUCCCUGCAGACACAGGUGGAUGCAGUGGCACAGGAGGUGCGGGCUUUCGCCCGAGGCUAUGCCCGUGCCAUUGAGACCCACUGUCUCGUGUUGCUACAACGACUAGAGGAUGUGCGUCUGCAGCGACGAAAUGUACUCCACCUGCAGGGGGCGCAGCUGAGACAAGCGCUGGCCGACACAAGGGGUGCAGUGAAUUUUGCAGAACGGCUGCUGGAAUGUGGAUCCGAUGUGGGUGUGCUGAGUGCCUGCAUGGUGACGGUGUGCAGGCUGGAGAGGCUGGCAGAGGCAAAUGGGAGUGAGCCUCUGUGUGUGUCAGCUGCUGACAGCAGCAGCAUUUGCUUCUUGCCCCAGGAGAGCGGAGGGCAGGUGGCAGGUUACCCUGUGGUGGGGGUCAUCCAUGCGAAGACUGUAGAUCCCAGCAAGUGUGUCAUCCAGGGUGAAGGCCAUCAGUGUGGCUGGGAAGGCCAGCGCGGCGAGUUCACCCUGCUCUGCAGGGAUACAGCCGGGGAGACCAUGGGCCGGGGUGGAGACACAGUGCUGGUCAGCAUCGUCCACAAGGAGAGGAGAACCUGCAUGGUGGAAGCCAAGGUGGUAGAUAAUGGCGACGGAUCCUACGGUGUGUCCUACACACCCUUGAAGCCUGGCUCCUACUCUGCGUGGAUCUGUGUCAAAGCUCAACACGUUAAGGGCUCACCUUUUGUCCUGACAGUGAAGAGGAAGGUACGCAGACACCGCGGUGUGUUUCACUGCUGUUCCUUCUGCUCCAGUGGUGGUGCUAAAGAGGCCCGAUGUGGCUGUGGGGGGUCGAUGCCAGGCGGAUACCAGGGCUGCGGACACGGACACCUGGGCCACCCAGGCAGGGCCCACUGGUCGUGUUGUGGUAGCACAGUGGAGGCCUCCGAGUGCCUAGGGGGCAGCAUUGAGACAGGUUCCGCCCGUAACACCAUCAGGUCUGUGGACCUCUGAGAGCUCCACCGAAGCUUCACCCUUUGGUUUAUGAUCAUUUGGUCUUGCCGCAGUAGGGCGAGUAUCAUGGAAAUCAGUUUUACCAAAAUUUCCAGUUGUAGCAGCACAGACACUUGUACUCACACUUGCUUCCAAACAGUUCAUGGAGAAAAAUGUGUCUCUCCUUGACACUACCAGUGCUCAAAAUACCACUUUCACAUGUAUUUGAUUGUCGGAUAUUUAAAUAUGCUUUACUGAUAUUUGAGAGGUAAAAUGUUUUGAUGCAUGUCACUUAUCAUGCUGGACUGUUAUGAUGCACCUCAGUGCCUUAAUUUUCUAUAGAUUUUUUUCUUUAAAUAAAACCACAUAUAUCUGCA